GGGGCCGCUGGGGCGCGACUUGGGGGGCCGCGGGGGGAGGCUUGGGGAUGGCUGUGGGGGACCCUGAGCACAGGCCUGCCUAAGCCCCGGGGCGGCUUAUCCAGAAGGAAAGGCCCGUGUUGGACGCGGAGAUUGCAGGGUCCCUUAGAGGAGAGGGACGUGGUGGGGACCCUCUCGCUCGUCUGCCCCCACCCCCACCCCCGCCACCUCCCCUCUCCGGUUCCUGCUCUGGGCUGAGGUCAUUUCCUAAAGGCGGGGCGACCCCCUCCGUCCCCCGGGGGGCGCAGUCUAGUUUAUCCCGAGAAUCUGACAUAGUCUCCCGCCCCCCAAGAUGGAGCGGGGUGCGUGCUGAGUCCUGGGGUGUUUCCCAGUUCGGUAACUAGGUCCCGGGGCCCGGCCGCCAUGCCGACGUGUGGAGCUGGCUGUCCCGGCCCCGACCGCUUUGCGGUGUCUGCGGGGACCGAGGCCAAAGUGCGGGACCAGCAGCCCCACGUGGAGCGCAUCUUCAGCGUGAGCAUGAGUGUCCUCCCGAAGGACUGUCCCGAGAACCCUCACAUCUGGCUGCAGCUGGAAGGCCCCCUGGAGAACGCCCGUAGGGCCAAGGAGUACCUGAAGGGUCUCUGCAGCCCAGAGCUGCAGAAUGAAAUCCACUAUCCACCUGAACUUCACUGCAUCUUCCUGGGAGCCCAGGGCUUCUUCCUUGAUUGCCUGGCCUGGAGCACGAUGGCACAUCUGGUGCCAGGAGCACCUGGUUCACUGAUGAUCAGUGGCCUGACUGAGGCCUUUGUCAUGGCUCAGAGCCGUGUGGAGGGGCUGGUGGAGCGGCUGAGCUGGGACGUUUGGCCAGGAACUUCCCCUGGAACCUCUCCCUGUGCUGGAGUGCUGAGAGACUUCUCGGCUCUACUGCAGCCCCGUGGUGAGGCCCACAGAGAGGCCUUGCUGAGGCUGCCCCUGGCUGUGCAGGAGGAACUGUUGAGCCUGGUGCAGGAGGCAGACAGAGGGCAGGGGCCACAGGCAUUUUCCUCUGGGCAGUUUGGGAGCCCAGGUUUGCUAGGUGCUCAGCACCAGGGUGGCACAACUCCCCUGAGUCAAAGCAGGGGCUCCCUGGCCAGUGGUUCUCUCCUGGAACAGCAGGAGUCUAAGGGAGAAAGAGGUGCUAUGGAGAAGGAGGGAGGGAAGCAGGUUGGUCCCAGGGGAAUGGACCCGGUCUCUGGGGAAGAAGCCUGGCAGAGGGAUGUAGUUUUCAGGUCUCAGUUGGGAGAAGAAGUAGGGCCCCCAAAGGGGAAGGCCCUGGGGAAGGUGGGGCUUCCGCAGCAAAGGGGAGGGGGGCACAGUGUUCAGGCUGAACCUGUGGGGGCCUGUGGUCCCUGCCCAAAAGCCUCUCAACCCCGGGGAGCCUCCCUCCUCCAGCGGCUCCACAAUGGGAAGACCUCCCCUCCAAGAGUCCCUAGUCCCCCACCUGCCCCCGAGCCUCUGUGGUACUAUGGGGACCGAGGGGACAGGGGAGACAGGCAGCAGGUUGUGGCUCGAGGUCGAGGGUCACCGUCAAAGCGAAGCACCCGGGGAGGCAACCUGGUGACGGGAACACAGCGUUUUCAGGAGGCCCUGCAGGACCCUUUCACCCUGUGCCUUGCCAAUGUGCCUGGGCAACCGGAUCUCCGCCAUAUUGUCAUCGACGGCAGCAACGUGGCCAUGGUGCAUGGCCUCCAACAGUACUUCUCUAGCCGGGGCAUUGCCAUUGCUGUGCAGUACUUCUGGGACCGUGGCCAUCGGGAUAUCACCGUCUUUGUGCCACAGUGGCGCUUCAGUAAGGAUUCCAGGGUCAGAGAGGGUCACUUCCUGCAAAAGCUGUACUCCCUCAGCCUGCUCUCCCUCACCCCAUCCCGAGUCAUGGAUGGCAAGAGAAUCUCCUCCUAUGAUGACAGGUUUAUGGUAAAGCUGGCUGAAGAGACCAAUGGAAUCAUUGUCUCCAAUGACCAGUUCCGGGAUCUGGCAGAGGAGUCCGAGAAGUGGAUGGCCAUCAUCAGAGAGCGGCUUCUGCCCUUCACCUUUGUGGGGAACCUAUUCAUGGUCCCUGAUGACCCAUUAGGGCGAAAUGGCCCCACACUGGAUGAGUUCCUGAAGAAGCCUGUCAGGAGUGAGGGGCCUUCCAAGGCUCAGCCUCUAACCAGGGCCCUGACAGAGCAUGGCAAUCAGCCACAGGGGAAAGACGAGGAAAAAGGUAGUGGCGGCAUUCGGAAGACCCGGGAGACAGAGCGGCUCCGGCGCCAGCUGCUGGAAGUAUUUUGGGGUCAGGACCACAAAGUGGACUUCAUCCUGCAGCGGGACCCCUACUGUCGCGACAUAAACCAGCUCUCGGAGGCUCUGCUCAGCCUGAACUUCUGAGUCUCACCUACCUGAGCAGCUGCCAGUGGCAGCCCCAGCCUCGCCCAACUUAGUCCCUUCUGUGAGGAUCCCUGUGCUGCUUGAACCCUGACCUGGACCUCCUCGGAGUUGGUGCUUUGGGUAAGGGAGCCUCUGCUCCCAGUGAAUUCCUUUGCCCACCCAGACUCUGGAGAGCAGCCCUGAAGCUCCCCCAGCUGACCACUGAGCAAGAGCAUUCAAGUACGGGGCCUGGAGCACUUUGGGGACAGGUCCAUAAAGUGACCUGACCUCUUCUCAAGUCAGGACCUCAGCUAGCUGCUCAGCCUUAACCCUUGACCUUGGCACAAGGUCUCUGGAGAGAGCAGGGGCUGCUGGAUAGGGGAGUCCUUGAGACUGGGUGAGCCUCCGUCCCCUCAUCCUGAGCUGGGAUGGGGGCCAGGCUGUGUGGGAGGGGAAGGAACAGGUGGCAAGGAAGCCAAGACUUUCCUUUCCCCUGGCUGUUGCUUAUAAUGGUCAGAGCACAGGGUGAUUUGAAGGCUUGGCUAGGUUCCCAGAGUCACUGAGGGGGAUUCUGGACCUUGGAGCCACUUAAUGUUACUGGGCCUGGGUCAUGCCUAUCAGUGAGCCAGUGGAGAAAGCAGAGGAAGACUUGGCUUCUGGUAUCAGCUUUCCCUGUCUGACCUUGAGUGAGCUUUUAAGUCUUUUCCUUCUGCCUGUAAAGCAGAGAGAUGAGAAGGCAAAGGAGAACUCUGGGGGUGGAGGUAGGAUACUCAUACCAAGUCUCAGGUGUAUCUACGGCAGCACAGGCUUCCUAACCAAAACUUCCCUUCCAGAGAGCUGAGGGGUCUGUCCCCAGGGCCUUUGCCCUAGAUUUUAACACUGCAUCCUCAUACCACAUGCCCUGUCAUAGCUGCAUUCCUACCAUGCAAUGCCCCUAGCCCAUAUUUGCAAAUGCGUUAGUUAGAAGGGGACUGUUUGCAUUAUCGUAAUACUCAGGGUUCCUACACAUGGCAGCUUCCCUGUUGCAUUCACGUGUUUACAGAUGAAUGAAUGUGCCAGAAAGUUCCUGGUUAAAUGCACUUGCUCACGUGUUGAGCAUUCACCAAACUAAUGAGGCCGUGCUCUGCAAUGACAAUGUUAAUGUGAUCUGUCCCCAGCAUUUCUCUGCAGAACAUAUGUGUCACAUAAAGGCCAACUUCUGCUUUGUGUA